AUGCAGGAAGCCUCUUGGGACCCUAACAGCUCCUCUGCCCACGCUGCCGCAGUGCGGGCCGAGGAGCUACACUCGAUCAAAGGGGAGCUGAGUCAGAUCAAGGCGCAGGUGGACAGACUGCUGGAGAGCCUGGACCGCAUGGACCAGCGCAGAGAGCGUCUCUCAGGGUCCAAGGAGAGUGAGAAGAAAAGGGUCGAAGUUGGUGACAAGUCGCCAUCCCCAGCAGAAGGGUCAAGGGAACCCCAGAGGAAAGAGGGGUCAGGAGCCGAGGGGCACAGUGACCUGCGCGACAUCGACAGCGCCGAGGACAGCACCGACACCGAGGAGCCGAUGAAAAAUCACACAUCAGAUGCCGAGGGGAGUCAAUAGAUGGACUGGGGUGCCGUGGCCUUCCUUGGGGGGCCAGCAGUUCCUGUCUUGCGUUCGCAUUUGUUUUGAGGCUUCCAACAU